AAGUGUAAAAACGCGAUUCGGUCCUCAUCAGUCGUCACCUACCCCCAUUACACACACACACUAAAACACACACAAAAACUCCGUAAAUUCAACGUUUUCUUCUAACCUAAUUCCCCUAAAUUCACUCAAAUCUCUUUAAAACCCAUCUUCCAUCCGCCAUAGAUCCCUAAUCCCACAUUGGGUUUCUUCUUUUCUCCCAUUGAUUUCAUCAAAUUUGAUUAAUUAAUCACUCAGAUCCAGUCCACCAAUAGCAAUGGGGAAAGGAGGAGCCCUAAGCGAUGGCGUAUUGAAGAAGAUCAUUCUUUCAUACACCUACGUCGCAAUAUGGAUCUCCCUCAGCUUCACAGUCAUCGUCUACAACAAAUACAUCCUCGAUCGGAAGAUGUACGAUUGGCCUUACCCAAUCUCACUAACCAUGAUCCACAUGGGUUUCUGUUCUUCGUUAGCAUACAUCCUCGUCAGUGUUCUCAAAGUCGUCGAACCAGUUCAGAUGACUCGCGAUAUUUAUCUCAAAUCCGUCGUUCCAAUCGGUUUGCUUUAUUCUCUCAGUUUAUGGCUUUCGAAUUCCGCUUACAUUUAUCUCUCUGUUUCUUUCAUUCAAAUGCUCAAAGCUUUAAUGCCUGUCGCCGUUUACUCCAUCGGCGUUUUGUUGAAAAAAGACGGGUUUAAAGGCGAUACCAUGACUAACAUGCUAUCGAUCUCCUUCGGUGUUGCCAUUGCCGCUUACGGCGAAGCUAAAUUCAAUAGCUGGGGUGUCAUGUUACAGCUUGGUGCUGUUUGUUUCGAGGCUACCCGAUUGGUUUUGAUUCAGAUCUUGUUGACUUCGAAAGGCAUUACAUUCAAUCCAAUUACUUCUCUUUACUAUGUCGCUCCUUGUUGUUUUGCCUUCUUAUCUAUCCCUUGGAUCAUCGUUGAGUUUCCCAAACUCAGAGAUACCUCAAGUUUCCAUUUCGAUUACUUCAUCUUUGGCACAAAUUCUUUGUGUGCAUUCGCUUUGAAUCUUGCUGUGUUUUUACUUGUUGGAAAGACUUCAGCAUUGACGAUGAAUGUGGCCGGAGUUGUCAAAGAUUGGUUGUUGAUUGCGUUUUCUUGGUCUGUGAUCAAGGACACUGUGACCCCCAUUAAUCUACUCGGUUAUGGCAUUGCUUUCUUGGGUGUUGCUUAUUAUAAUCAUGCGAAAUUACAGGCACUUAAGGCUAAAGAAGUAGAAAAGAAGGCAACCCAGGUUGAUGAUGAAUCUGGUAAACUGUUAGAGGAGAAAAGUGCAGAAAAAUCUUCAGACAAUUGAUAUAUGAUUGGUUUAAGCCUAAUUACACAAAUUAGGAAAGGGAAUCAAGAUUAUGAGUUAGAAGCCCUAGAAUCUUUUUUUUUGGUGUAUUUGUUAGUAAGUUAUUUAUAUGUGAUUUAACGUUUAUUUAUUUGAUGUUAUAUUGGGGUUUUGAGAGUAUUGAACUCUUGGUGCCAAUAUGUGCAAGUGACCAGAGAAAAAGACUUGUCUUUUAUAUGUUAUUUAUAUUUAAAGAUCCUUCAUUUGGUAA